ACAAAUAAUAAAACUUUUUUUUGUUUUUUCCAUCUCAUAGCUAAUCAAAAGUGUGUGUUUUAUUUUGGUGAGCUUAACUUAAUAAUGUCAAAUAAAAAAGGGAGUGAGUUAGUGAGUCAACUGGUUGACUCAGUGAGAGAAUUUUCAGGGUUACAUGAGUGCAGAAAUAUAGUAAAAGAUAUGUAUGGAAAUUUGGUGAGAAGGGUAAAGCUUUUGAGUCCUUUAUUUGAAGAAUUAAAAGAUAGUGAUCAAAAAUUUUGUGAUGAUGAUCUUCAAGGAUUUAAGUCUUUGAAAGUUUCUUUGGAUUUGGCUUUGGAGCUUUUGAUAUCAGUCAAUGAAGGAAGUAAAACUUUUCAGGCGUUGCAAAUCGAUAAAACCAUUGACAAGUUUCAUGCAGUUACCACACAUAUUGAAGAGGCAUUAUGCAAAAUCAAUUAUAAUAAACUUGAUAUACCCGAGGAAGUUCAAGAACAGAUACAACUUGUGCACUUACAAUUUAAAAGAGCAAAAGGGCAAAAGGAGUUUAUUGAUGUACAGCUUCAAAAAGAUUUGGCCAUGUUGAAAAAGGGCGUGGAACCCGAACCAGAAGUGGUUAAAAGACUUUCAGAAAAACUGCAUCUUACAUCGAUUAAUGAUUUAAGGAAGGAGUCACUUGCAAUUCAUGAUAUGGUCAUAUUGACUGGCGGAGAUCUUGAAAAUUGUUUUGAGACAAUGUCGUUUGUUCUUAAGAAGAUAAAUGAUUUUGUGAUGUUGAGAAAUCCUGAAAAUGAUGGCUCUGAAUCUGAUCGUGAAAAGGGCUUCUUGAGGCAUAGAUCUCCAAUAAUUCCUGAUGAUUUUCGGUGCCCAAUAUCGCUUGAAUUGAUGAAAGAUCCAGUGAUUGUCUCUACUGGGCAGACUUAUGAAAGAUCUUGUAUCCAAAAAUGGCUAGACGCUGGACACAAAACGUGUCCCAAAACUCAGCAGACUUUACUACAUACAGCGUUGACCCCCAACUACGUUUUGAAGAGUCUAAUCGCUUUAUGGUGCGAUAGUAAUGGCAUAGAUCUACCCAGAUCACAAGGAAACUCUAAAAACAUUAAAGCUGGAAGAACUGGUUCAGAGUGUGACCAAACUGCAAUCAAUGCUUUACUUGAAAAACUCACAAAUGGGAACUUGGGUGAUCAACGAGCAGCAGCUGGCGAACUUCGAUUACUAGCAAAAAGAAACAGUGAUAACAGAAUAUGCAUAGCCGAAACUGGUGCCAUUCCUAUCUUAGUGGAAUUAUUAUCUUCUCGAGAUAGCAGAACACAAGAACACGCCGUCACAGCACUUUUGAACUUAUCAAUACAUGAAGCCAAUAAAGGAAUUAUUGUAAGUGUUGGAGCCAUACCCGAGAUAGUAGACGUGUUAAAGAAUGGAAGCAUGGAGGCUCGAGAGAAUGCAGCAGCAACCCUUUUUAGCUUGUCAGUGGUGGACGAAAAUAAAGUGGCCAUCGGAGCUGCUGGUGCUAUACCACCCCUAAUUGAUCUGCUUCAAGAAGGAACUCCGAGAGGGAAAAAAGACGCAGCCACGGCCAUUUUUAACCUCUGUAUAUAUCAAGGAAACAAGGUGAGAGCCGUACGUGCAGGAAUCGUGACUCCAUUGAUGAGAUUGGUUAAGGAUGCUAGUAGUGGAAUGAUGGAUGAGGCAUUGGCUAUAUUGGCUAUAAUUGCUGGUCACUAUGAAGGGAAAGUGGCGAUUGGUCAAGCUAACCCCAUCCCGGUUUUAGUGGAGGUGGUUAGAACCGGGUCACCACGCAACCGGGAGAAUGGAAUUGCGAUUUUGUGGUGUGUGUGUGCAAAUGAUAUCAGUUUUUUGAAGAUAAUGAAGGUUGUUGGAGGAGAGGAGGUGUUGAAGGAACUGUGUGAGAAUGGAACUGAUCGAGCUAAGCGGAAGGCCGGGAGUUUAAUGGAACUUCUUGAGCAAGUCGAGCUUGCUGAACCCGUGGUUAACCUAUGACAUAUGCGGGUAACAUGUUCAUGGUUUCCAGGUAUAUUUGUAUUUAGUGUUUACAUAUAUGUAUGUAUAUAUACGUAAAUAGAAUAAUACCAAGAAUCUUUACAUUUAUUUAUUGAACCACUGUCUAUUUUGACAUUGUAUUUUUUAAUGUAUAUUUUGAGAAGAAUCACAUCGGGUACGAAAUAAUAAUGUUUCA